UGACGUAUCCAUUUUUCUUCUGCAUGAACCCAGUCAUAAUCCAAAUUAUAUUUUUUAAACCCCCUUUUGUUCUUACUGUUGCACCAACCAUAGCUUUUGAAAUCUCAGACUCAGAGAUAAAAUACAGAACAUCUCUUUCAGAGCUGGGACAUAAACACCUUCAAAGUGCUGAGCUCUGGGAUGUGCUUUACGUUUUAAUUAUUCGUCCCCUGGGCUCCACUGUUUCUUUGGGAGCCACCAACUCCUCCUUUGUCUGGAGUCUCAUCUGUUUUCUCCAUCAAUGGAGGAUAGGACUGGGAGCUCCCUGAGAGCGGGUGCUGUCAUGUUCACCCAUGUAAACCCACUGCUGAACACAGCGUUUGGCACUGAGUAGGAACCAAAUAAAGGUUCGCUGACUGCAUGAGGAAAGCAUAGACAUUAUCCUUGCGUAUCCAGUUAAUCAGACUUAGUUUACUCUUCCUGGGAUCUUGCCCUCAAAUGCUGCUUGCAUGGUCUCUUUCUCCCUUGAAGAGACUUCAUCCGGACAUUGAAUGUGGUCUUCCUUGAACUGGGGCCAGUGGAGCUUGCUCAUGUGGAGGCAGCCGGUGGGGGGGCCUCAGUCAGCUGAGUGAAAGGAGGAAGAUGAAGGCUAAGGUUUAGGUACAGCAAUCCUCCAAUAUAUCCUCCACUCUUGCUGGAAUGGAGAUUAGGCCCAUCACUACCAUGCAUGAACGGCAGCCUCGCUGCCUUCAGGAUUUAAUCAAAAACCCACAGCAUUGCCACCAAGGUUCUCUCAGAGUUCCAAACCCAUAUUCCAGACACAGCACCUAAAUUCCAGAGUCCUCACUGGUUCAUACCAGCUACAGCCCUGGGGACAGGAGAUUCUCCUCUCUCCUUCUGACCUUUUGAGGCAGCAGGGGCAGGCAGACCCACACAUCGGGCCCAGAUCUAUUCUCCAGGCCUCCUUAGCUGUGGGACUGUUGUUAAAUUACUUAAUCUCUUUUUGGCAUCAGUUUGCCCAUCUGAAAAAUGGGGCUCAUAAUAACUUCCUUAGAGCUGCCCAAAGGAGGAGAGAGAAUGUUCAUGGCUGACACGCUGGAAAGAUUAAUGAGUCAUGGUAUUUUAAUCUGCCUAGGGAGUUUCUAUGUAUCCUUCAAAACUUAGCUUGAGGGGUUUCUCUUCCCUGCAAAGACUUUCUUCACUCUCUUUGCUACCAAGGUUCUGCCUCUGCUGUGAGUCUUGUCAGAACGCUUAUUUGUAUUGGGUUGGUGCAAAAGUAAUUGCAGUUUUUGCAAUCAUGUUUAAUGGCAAAAACCACAAUUACUUUUUGCACCAACCUAAUACAUCUGUUCACAUGCCCACCACCUUUUCUAGGCUGUACACCCCUCUUUGAAGAGGGAUGGUGGCUUUUGGUCUUUAUCUUGUUGCCACCUGCUACCUCCUAAUCCACAGAAGGUAUUCCGUUGGUGUGUGACCAGUCAAUAGAUGGAAGACCAUUUUGAUGUUAAAUCCUUUUUUUUAACCACAUAUUAUAUUAAUCCAUUUAUAUGAAAUGUCCAGAAUAGGCAAGUCUAUACAGACAGAAAGUAGAUGAGUAGUUGCCAGGGUGUCAAUGGGUAUGAGGUUUCCUUUUGGGGUGAUGAAAAUGUUAUAAAUUGAUUGGAGUGAUUGGAGUGAUGGUUGCAUUGUGAGAGUCCCAAAAAACAUUAAAUUACAUAUAUGUAAUGCUAUCAUUUUUAAUCUUAUCUUUUUGAUGAUACAGUGGGUGCAAUUGUGUGAGCUACGUGUGUAUGAUGAGAAUCAGGUGGUUGUGGAUCUUCGUCCCGGGAUCCAAAAAGGAGAAGUAAUAGAGAGAAAUAAUAAUACCAUUGGCUUCAGUUAGGCUGAAAUGUGCUUUCUAAGGGGUUAAAAGUAAAGAAUUGUGCUGGUGAAGCGUGUUCUGUGCAAUGGUCAUCUGUUUUUGAGAUUAUCUUCCAAAUAAGGCAAAACCAAGCUUCACUUAGGGAUUGUUUUGAACACAAGACUGGAAGAGAUUCUUUAAUACUACAGUCUGAAACCAGAAAUUUGUGUCUCAUAAAAAUCACGAGAAUUCUCAAAGCCACCAGCCCACUGGAGGUCUCUGAGAGGUGCCUGGGAAUACCAUGAAUCUGACAGGGCUCUUCUCACAGGUUCAGAGUCAAGCAGAAGGCAGCUGGGGUGUGUUGAGAACAGUGUGAGAUUUAAAAUAGUGCCAGGCAACUUGCCCCUGCCAUUAGCUGGAUGACCUUGGGCAAGUCAUUCACCUCAUUGAGCUUCCUGUGUCCUCAUGUAUAAAAUGGGACUAUUCUUGACAGACCCUAAGAGAGACUCUAGGAGGAUUGAAAGAAUCUAAGCACAUGAAAGGGCUUUAUAAAUUUGGAAGUGUUAUACAGAUGAGUGAUUAUACCAUGCAUAAUAAACUAUUUGUAAUUAUACAGUGUUAAGCUGGCUGCGUGUGCUGAGAAGGAGAGCUGAAGGGAGCAGGGCGAUUGCUGUAAUCAACAUUUGGGUGUGUUAUGUCCCCAAAAUGUGAUCAGGGAAACACUAACUUGUUGAGGUGAGCCAUGAAUGACAAAAAAGUGGGGGAGGGUGAGGAAGCAGAUGGGAGAGGAUUUCAUGGUAAAAUAAAUUCAGGAAAAGCAGCAUCUUCCCCCACUACGCAUUAAAAUGUCCAUUAGCAUGUUAAAGGCUCCAAGCUGUUUGUGUAACUUUUUGUUAAACUCAGUGUUUCCCAUGCUGUGAUGCCCCUUUUCCACAUAACACUUGGUAACAUACUCUCUUCUUUCUCAAGGAACUAGUGUUUAGUGUUCCUUGGCAUACUUUGGAAAACAACUUGCAAAGCAAUAAUCAGACAAGUACCUACGGGGCGUUUACUGUGCGCUACAUUAGCCUGACUACUUUGCAUCUUUUAACUACUGUUAAAAGAUCUCCCAGAAAGUCACCGUUCUUAAGUCCAUUUUACAGAUUGGGAACCCAAGGCUCAACAAAAGGAACCAAAGGAAGACUAUAGAGAUGGGGUUAGGGUGAAAAGAACCAUGAAGACAUUUGGGCACUAGUAAGAAGCAAGAGGAAGACAUAGUGCUACCUGGUGAAAGCUGCCGUCAGGGAGGAGCUGUGGCCUUGGCCAGAGCUGCCAGGCCGAAGCAGAGAUGGGGCAAAGAAGAAAUUCUACAACUUCUCUCUCUCUCCCACAUGCGAUCUGUUAGGUGUCUCCCAUUGGCUGAACAAGCAGAAGCCAGCCAGCCCAUGAGGGAGCCCAAUGAUAAAACAUUCAGGGGUCACAGAGCAAGGAAGAAAGAAUGAGUAAUGGAUCCAGGAGUAGGAUGAGAACAGAGGGACAGUGAAUAACCAGAAAAACAAGCAACAUUAAUUAAAAGUCUUUCAUGUGCUUCGCUUGUUUCCAGGGUGUUAGGAAUUCAGACAUGCUACAGACCUAGCUCCUGCCCUUCAAGGAACUCAUAUUCUGGAAAGGAGAGUCCAGCUUGAACAAGUAAAUGCAGCAAGUGUUACAGAGUAACUGUAUCUUAGAAAUUAAGCUGAUACUCAUGAUCCAAAAUAGCAGAUUUCUGGCAGCAAGACUAUAUUCUGUAGAUCAAGGGUCAGCAGAGCCAGAUAGUAAAUAUUUUAGAUUUGUGCUCCAUAAGGUGUCUGUAGUAAAUGCACCACUCUAUAAUCACACAACUGUGCCAUUGUAGUGUAAAAGCAGCCAAAGACAAUAUGUAAAUGAAUGUGCAUGACUAUGUUGUAAUAAAACUUUAUUUACAAAAACAGGUGUUGGCCUGAAUUUGGCCCAUAGUUUGCCAACUCUUGCAAACAGAAAUAAUCUUAAAGAAAUGUCUAAGAGAUACCCAGAACAGGGAUCUGUAGCACUGGUAACUCAUGGUAUGAAACCACAGAACUAUCACUGGAAUUAAUAUGUUAGUCACGAGCAAUUUGUUUAUUGUCUUUUAUGAGAAAAGAGAAGUAGGUUUGGAUGUUAGAGAUUGGGGAAAGGAGAAUAUUUGCUGUGGAAAUGAUUUUUAGCAGAUGGUAGGUACUUUGGGAAAGGUGACUAAACUAGAGCCAUCCUCCUGUCUUACAUCAGCUUACUCAGUACUAGCCCUGUACAAAAAGGAAGUAAAACAGAGCAUAUCUGUAUCAUCAGCUUUCAAUGAUGUUCUUCCAUGGUGCACUGUGACAGCACAUUAGAAGGUGCUGGAGUUUUUAUAUGACUGCUUUGCCGUGAGAUUGAAUAGUGGUUUCAGUUUCCAGUAGGUUUCAUAAGUAUCUCUUUCAGCUGUUAAACUACUUUUAGUAAUGUGCACCCUAGAAAAAGAAAGAAAGAAAUACCCAUUCUGAACAACUGGGUGUCAUGACAGAAAACAGAGCAGAUGGUUUUGUGGACAUGGCACCAAGUGAACUUGUAGCUGGUUACAGCAGGAGGAUAUGUUUAACCCAGAGGAGAGGGCUCUCACCAGGUCUUAUAGUUGAAGCUUUUAAGAGAUUAUUAGUUUACUUUGAAUUGAUUUUUAUUAUUCACCAGAAACCAAAGGUGGCAAGCGAGAAUCUCUACUAAAAUAACUAUACUUGCUAACUUUGGGCCUUUGUUGGGGUUUGGGGUAUCAGAACAGUGAAAUAACAGGCACUGUGAGGCUUUUCCUCCUGUUCUGUUCUCUCCUAGCUGUAUUUCAGAACAUCUUAUCUCAAGAUAGUUGGCCAAAAGGAACCUGUACACAGAACAACCUCAUUUUUCCCAAGUGCCUCUUCGGACCCAGGACACAAUGAUUUUAAAAUUUCUUUUCAGGUGGACGCUCUAAAGAGAGCUGUGCUGUUCAAUAUGGUAGCCACUAGCCACCUGUGACAACUAAGCCCUUGCAAUGUGGCUUGUCCACUUCAAGAGAUGCUAUGUAAAAUACACACUAUAUUUUGAGAGCUUACUAUGAAAAAAUAAUAUAAAUAUGUCACUAGUAAUCUUUUUUUUUCUUUUACUUUUUUUUUUUUUUUUGAGUCUCGCACUGUCACCCAGGCUGGAGUGCAAUGGUGCAAUCUCGGCUCACCGCAACCUCUGCCUCCUGGGUUUAAGUGAUUCUCCUGCCUCAGCCUCCCAAGUAGCUGGGACUACAGGGGAGGACGAGGAAGAAACGAACGUGAUAGUUCUCAGCUACCCCCAGUACUGCCGGUACCGCUCGAUGCUGAAACGCAUCCAGGAUAAGCCAUCUUCCAUUCUAACGGACCAGUUUGCAUUGGCCCUGGGGGGCAUUGCAGUGGUCAGCAGGAACCCUCAGAUCCUGUACUGUCGGGACACCUUUGACCACCCGACUCUCAUAGAAAACGAGAGUAUAUGCGAUGAGUUUGCGCCAAAUCUUAAAGGCAGACCACGCAAAAAGAAACCAUGCCCACAAAGAAGAGAUUCAUUCAGUGGUGUUAAGGAUUCCAACAAUAAUUCCGAUGGCAAAGCCGUUGCCAAGGUGAAAUGUGAGGCCAGGUCAGCCUUGACCAAGCCGAAGAAUAACCAUAACUGUAAAAAAGUCCCAAAUGAAGAAAAACCAAAGGUUGCCAUUGGUGAAGAGUGCAGGGCAGAUGAACAAGCCUUCUUGGUGGCACUUUAUAAAUACAUGAAAGAAAGGAAAACGCCGAUAGAACGAAUACCCUAUUUAGGUUUUAAACAGAUUAACCUUUGGACUAUGUUUCAAGCUGCUCAAAAACUGGGAGGAUAUGAAACAAUAACAGCCCGCCGUCAAUGGAAACAUAUUUAUGAUGAAUUAGGUGGUAAUCCUGGGAGCACCAGCGCUGCCACUUGUACCCGCAGACAUUAUGAAAGAUUAAUCCUACCAUAUGAAAGAUUUAUUAAAGGAGAAGAAGAUAAGCCCCUGCCUCCAAUCAAACCUCGGAAACAGGAGAACAGUUCACAGGAAAAUGAGAAUAAAACAAAAGUAUCUGGAACCAAACGCAUCAAACAUGAAAUACCUAAAAGCAAGAAAGAAAAAGAAAAUGCCCCAAAGCCCCAGGAUGCAGCAGAGGUUUCAUCAGAGCAAGAAAAAGAACAAGAGACUUCAAGCCAGAAAAGCAUCCCUGAGCCUCUCCCAGCAGCAGACAUGAAGAAAAAAAUAGAAGGGUAUCAGGAAUUUUCAGCGAAGCCCCUGGCGUCCAGAGUAGACCCAGAGAAGGACAACGAAACAGACCGAGGUUCCAAUAGUGAGAAGGUGGCAGAGGAGGCGGGAGAGAAGGGGCCCACACCUCCACUCCCAAGUGCUCCUCUGGCCCCAGAAAAAGAUUCAGCUUUAGUCCCUGGGGCCAGCAAACAGCCACUCACCUCUCCUAGUUCCCUGGUGGACUCAAAACAAGAAUCCAAACUGUGCUGUUUUACAGAGAGCCAUGAAAGUGAACCCCAAGAAGCAUCCUUCCCCAGCUUCCCCACCACACAGCCACCGCUGGCAAACCAGAAUGAGACAGAGGAUGACAAACUGCCCGCCAUGGCGGAUUACAUCGCCAACUGCACCGUGAAGGUGGACCAGCUGGGCAGUGACGACAUCCACAAUGCGCUCAAGCAGACCCCAAAGGUCCUUGUGGUCCAGUCGUUUGACAUGUUCAAAGAGAAAGACCUGACUGGGCCCAUGAACGAGAACCAUGGGCUUAAUUACACGCCCCUGCUCUAUUCUAGGGGCAACCCAGGCAUCAUGUCCCCACUGGCCAAGAAAAAGCUUUUGUCCCAAGUGAGUGGGGCCAGCCUCUCCAGCAGCUACCCUUAUGGCUCCCCACCCCCUUUGAUCAGCAAAAAGAAACUGAUUGCUAGGGAUGACUUGUGUUCCAGUUUGUCCCAGGCCCACCAUGGCCAAAGCACUGACCAUAUGGCGGUCAGCCGGCCAUCAGUGAUUCAGCACGUCCAGAGUUUCAGAAGCAAGCCCUCGGAAGAGAGAAAGACCAUCAAUGACAUCUUUAAGCAUGAGAAACUGAGUCGAUCAGAUCCCCACCGCUGCAGCUUCUCCAAGCAUCACCUUAACCCCCUUGCUGACUCCUACGUCCUGAAGCAAGAAAUUCAGGAGGGCAAGGAUAAACUCUUAGAGAAAAGGACCCUCCCCCAUUCCCACAUGCCUAGCUUCCUGGCUGACUUCUACUCGUCCCCUCAUCUCCAUAGCCUCUACAGACACACCGAGCACCAUCUUCAUAAUGAACAGACAUCCAAAUACCCUUCCAGGGACAUGUACAGGGAAUCGGAAAACAGUUCUUUUCCUUCCCACAGACACCAAGAAAAGCUCCAUGUAAAUUAUCUCACGUCCCUGCACCUGCAAGACAAAAAGUUGGCGGCAGCAGAAGCCCCUACGGAUGAUCAGCCUACAGAUCUGAGCCUUCCCAAGAACCCGCACAAACCUACCGGCAAGGUCCUGGGCCUGGCUCACUCCGCCACAGGGCCCCAGGAGAGCAAAGGCAUCUCCCAGUUCCAGGUCUUAGGCAGCCAGAGUCGAGACUGUCACCCUAAAGCCUGUCGGGUAUCACCCAUGACCAUGUCGGGCCCUAAAAAAUACCCUGAAUCGCUUUCAAGAUCAGGAAAACCUCACCAUGUGAGACUGGAGAAUUUCAGGAAGAUGGAAGGCAUGGUCCACCCAAUCCUGCACCGGAAAAUGAGCCCGCAGAACAUUGGGGCGGCGCGGCCGAUCAAGCGCAGCCUGGAGGAUUUGGACCUUGUGAUUGCAGGGAAAAAGGCCCGGGCAGUGUCUCCCUUAGACCCAUCCAAGGAGGUCUCUGGGAAGGAGAAGGCCUCUGAGCAGGAGAGUGAAGGCAGCAAAGCAGCGCACGGUGGGCAUUCCGGGGGCGGAUCAGAAGGCCACAAGCUUCCCCUCUCCUCCCCUAUCUUCCCAGGUCUGUAUUCCGGGAGCCUGUGUAACUCGGGCCUCAACUCCAGGCUCCCGGCUGGGUAUUCUCAUUCUCUGCAGUACUUGAAAAACCAGACUGUGCUUUCUCCACUCAUGCAGCCCCUGGCUUUCCACUCGCUUGUGAUGCAAAGAGGAAUUUUUACAUCACCGACAAAUUCUCAGCAGCUGUACAGACACUUGGCUGCGGCUACACCUGUAGGAAGUUCGUAUGGGGACCUUUUGCAUAACAGCAUUUACCCUUUAGCUGCUAUAAAUCCUCAAGCUGCCUUUCCAUCUUCCCAGCUGUCAUCUGUGCACCCCAGUACAAAACUGUAGGCUCAGCUCUGCCCAGCAGUCCAAAGCAGCAUGGCCAACAGAGCUUCACUCCUUACCCAGGAGUGCUGGCUUAUAGAGUUAGAAGUCAGUAUUUCUUCUAAUCUGAGGCUAUGAUCAGUCCCAGCUGUAGGGGCCCAGAGGGGAGGUGAACAUGCCUGAUUUUUGUGGGACAACUCUAGCCUUGGCUGGUCAGUCUUGACUCCCUUCCAACACAGAUGCCCAGGCACCUCCUGAUCAUUCACUUCGCACGUGGGCCUUGUGAAGGGAUUUGUGAAUAUCCAGGAAGAACUUAGAGGACCCCAUCUGAGUUCAGAUGGUCAGGAAACAAUCUGGGCAAAAAAGAGGCAGGCAUUUCAAAGGAAGGGGCAAGAAAGACUGGCAAACAGAUGCCAAGGGAUGCCCCUCUUUUUCAUAAAACUCUCCAAGCUUCAAUCAAUGCAAUGUAUAGUGAAACUUCAAUAGAUCUUUCAUUUUGACACUAUUAAACAAUCCAGAGAAGUAAACACUGUUAAAUUGACUGUAUAUAUUUGCUUCUUAAAACUACCCGUAUCACUGUUUGCUCACCUAAUUUAUAUACAGGUAGUUCCAUUUUCUCCCAGUUCCUUCUCGUCUUUUUUUUUUUUUUUUUUUUUUUUUUUUUUUGUUAAAUGGUAUUGCUUUUGUUUGCAGGUCUUUUUGUUUUUGUUUUGUUUUGGAGGCUGACUGACUGUCCUAGUUGUUGAUGUGUGUUUGUAAUUUUUCCACAUCUUAUUUUGAGCAGCUUUGGGUGGUAAAGUUAUUGUUUACAAAUUGAAGCAACUGAUUCUAGUGGAACAAAUGAAAAAGAAACAGUCAAGCACACAAUAGUGCAAAGAACGUUCCUUUGUAGAUCCGCAACUUAAGGAUUUUGUUCCUCAUAAAUGGCAUAGUUGAAAGAGCUUAUACACUGCUUACCCAGCCAAAUGCUUUGCUUUGAAGUAUUGGGUUCUGUGAAAAUAUUGAGCAUUGUACUUACCUUAUCUAGGCUGUGAAACUGUCCUACAUACCAGAGGAAUCAUAAAAACAAAAACCUCACUGGCAGCAAGCUGCCGAAUAACAACAGAGUCUAGAGGACAUAUUUGUGGGCUGCACAGAUAUUUUAGGAAUUUCAGAAAUUAGAACAGGAGCCAAAAUGAUUUACAUUGGCGUUGGCACUGAUUCCUUUAAAUGGUCUGGGAAAGGGGGUUGGGAAGAGGAUGGAGCUCAACUCUCCAGAAGAGGAGCAGCUGCAGUCCUGAUAGCUUCUCUAGCCUCGGUCUUUUGAGUGAUAAGUAGUCACGUUGUUUUCAUCCAGUUGGUUUCUUGUCAUUCCCAAGAAGAAUCUCCCAGGCCACAUCUUUGGGGAUAACUGACAUACUGGAUUAGCCUUUUCAAAAGAAAAGUCAUCCUAUUUGGUUUUAUGGGGUGUGAGUUUUGUGUGUACACACACAGAAACAUGUAAGGUGGUUUGGGUCAUGUUUUUAACCACCUGGCAAUACAGUCCACUUUCUGGUUUCUUUUAUUGUUGGAAGUAAAUGGUCAAGCUGCUCAGGCAGUGAAAAGAUGUGGAGAAUGUCCGUUGUCAUUCUUGCCACUGUAUUCCAUUUGCUACUGAGAUGUAACAUUAAGGUGGACACAUUUUCUAACUGUAUUAAUUAAAAGUCAAUGGAUACAGAGAGUGGAUUUUCUCCCCAAGUCCCAUCCCUGCUGAAGACCGCUUGGAUGAACUCCCCAACCCACUGUGCCCCUCCCGCAACACUACCAGUAGACUUUAGACCAUAGUUAACUAAGUCUUUUACCUCUGAGAUACUUAAUUCUGGGAAAAUUGAUGACAAUUUUCAACUUCUAAAUAGGUAACUCGACUGCAAAAUAAUCAAAACUGAUAACAAUGAAACUGCGGCUCUUAAACAAAGCCAUGCAUGCCGUGCAUUUGUAUUGAAAUGUCUCCAUAAUAUGAAGCCAAAUAUUCAAUGUAACAUACUUAAUAUCCAAAGGUGGAAACAAAAGAAUGUAGAGAUCCAGUGUUAAGAGUUCCAUUUGCUUCAAUUAAUUAUUUACCUUCCUGUGGAAUAAUAUAUAUAUAUAUAUAUUUAAUAGAACCAUAGAUAGACUAGUAGAAUUUAGAUUAUAAAUGUGUGAGUGCAGAUUAUCCUGCUAUUGCACAAGCUAGAGGGGGGAAAAAAUCUCAAUUCCAGCUGGCAAGAUGCUAGCCAGGACACAUAAGAAAGUUGCACUAGAUUGAAUGGUCACAGAAUCGGAGGACAUGGAAGAAAAAGGAAACUUCGGUGGUUCUGCAGCAGACAUGGGCUAGAUCAUAUGUGGUUUCUAUGAGUUCGCGUCUCAAAAAAAAAGGAGGGGGUGCAUCUGUCCCCAGUGGAGCUCACCUAUUUGGAAUAUGGGGCAUUUGUUUUUUCCACUGCAAUGAUUUCAGUCUGGUUUCAUCAUGUUGGAAUUCGAUCACACCAUUUUCAAACAAUGUUAACAUAGUCCAGCUUUUGUUUUUCUCAUCUCUUCCGAGAGGAGACUCACUGUUUCUGUCUGAGGAAGCUCAUACCCUCGGCAAAACAUCAGGACAAAUAAAGAGAAAUGGGGGUAUGCAUUCCCAACAGAAGCAGUGUGUUAUUUGUUUUAAAACUCUGAACAGAGAUCUUGGAAAACUUUCAAAAAGACCAUUGAAUUCUUCACUGGCUGAGAACGACAUUUUAAAAUGUCUUAAAUAAGGCUUUGUUUGCAUUGUUUGAGUUCAAGGGGCCUUAUUAUUGAAUGGAAUUGCACAAGCCUUUCUUUGUGCAAUCAAACCAUUGUUAUUGGUAGUUCUGUAAAGGAAACUGUGGAAUCGAAUUGGCAGUGGAGUCAUAAAUCUAUUUACUGAGUGUGGCUUCCAAGAAAUGUUGCAAUUCAAAAUGCACUAAGUCUGUGAUUUAUUGGAGAUUUGGAGAUUCUAAGUAAUAUUUUUAAAAAACUUUUCCACGCAACUUCUGGUUUAAUGUUUGGCAACUCCACAUGAUAAAAAAAUAAAAACAGCCCAACCGAGUUUCGGAAUUAAGUAUUCUUCUAGUAAGUGAUUCAAACUUGUAAUAUUUGCCACAGGACUGACUUAUUUAUUUACUAGCUAGAAGCUCUUAAGUUCACUUGUUUAUCAGGGCAUAUACAGAAGGGUUUGUUAAAACUCAAUGUUAACUUUACAACUUUCUGACCUGGUGCAUGAAUUCUCAAGUACUGUAUUUCACUGUGUUGGUGUGUCUGAUGGAAAUUUCGAGGUGGUCCCACAAAAAUAUUUUAUGUAGUGUGCCUUCAAAGAGAACCAUUUAUUUCUCUUCACUUAUCGUCCCACAAAGUCACAUUUGGUGGUGGUCAGCCAAGUCGCAUCUGGUCUAGUUUUACUCUUGUCCCAAUUUUAAAGAGAAAUGGGAAUGAGUUUGCCCUGGUGAGACCCACACCAUUGCAAUGAUUAUCUUGAGCACUUAAAGUCCAGUGUUGGCUGUUAGUGUAUUUGAUAUUCUGCCUGUCUCCUCAUGGUUGAAAUAUGUCUGAAGAAUAGCAGCAUAAUCUCUUGGCUGUUUAUACUUUUUUAAACUUUCCUGUGUUGUAAAUAUUGUAUACUUUUGGUGAUUCCAGCUAUGUAACCUCUAUGCUCUGUAAGGUGAUUAUUUGUAUAUAGCAACAUGGCCCAGUGAUAUUAUAUAGUUUCCCAAUGGAGAGGUUAUUGAGUAACCUUUGCAUUAGUUUAAACACUACCAGAAGAAUGCUGAGCCAACUAUAAACACUCAAUUUUGUAUGUUUUCCAAAUUGUACUUAUUACUGCUUUUGAUACUGUAUUACGUGCCAAUAGUUUCCCAAUCACAUAGCAGGCAAGAGAUAUUUUGUACUUUUUGAUCCACUGUAAUAUUUAAUAAAAAAUGUUACUAUCUGUUUC